ACUCAAUCUAGCUUAAUAUACCUAAAUCUAUGACAGUGACAAUGUCACUACUGUCAGUGUCAACACGACGUCACGUCACAUUUUUGAUUUUAUUCGUGAUGUGAUGCCAGUUUCAAGGAUAUUUCAUUAAAUCUCGUCAAUUUCUGAUAUUUUGCUGUGUAUUCAUUAUAUUACAUCACUAUAAUCCGUGUCAUUAUAGCUUAGAUAUGGCGUUUAAGAAAGUAUCACAUGUGUUGUUUGAUUUAGACGGUCUACUAAUAGAUUCUGAAAUUUUGUACACGCAAGCAUUUACCAAUGUUUGCGCUAAAUAUGGCAAAGAGUUCACAUGGGAACUGAAGUCGAGCUUGCUGGGCUUCCAAGGCCAUGAAUGUGCGGAGAAAAUAAUAACAACAUUGGAGCUACCAGUUACUAAACAAGACUUCAUGAAAUUAUGUCAAAAGGAAUAUGAGGUACUGUUCCCCAAAGUCCAGCUCAUGCCAGGUGCACAGAGACUAGUAGAGCACUUACACUCCAAGGGUGUUCCUAUAGCACUAGCCACUAGCUCUGCUCAAGACAGUGUGGACUUAAAAAUGAAAAACUUCCAAGAGUUGUUGGGUCUGUUUCACCACCUCACAAUGGGCUCAACAGACCCUGAAGUUACCAAGGGCAAGCCAGACCCAGCCAUUUUCUUAGUGUGUGCUUCUAGGUUUCCUGAUAAACCUAAACCUGAAGAUUGUCUUGUAUUCGAAGAUGCAGUUAAUGGAGUAAAGGCUGCAAAUGCAGCUAAUAUGCAAGUAGUUGCUGUACCUGAUCCUCGAAUAGACCCUGCCUUACUAAAUACUGCCACUCUAGUCUUGAAUUUGUUAGAAGAAUUUAAGCCAGAGUUAUUUGGCCUUCCAGCAUUUGAUUAAAAGCUUUAAAAAGGUGAGAUAGUUAAAAUUCUUUUUUCUGCAUAAUUUAUAGAUGGUUGUUAGAUAUACAGGGUGCCCGGUAAUUAAUGGACAACCUUUUAUCCACCAAGAGGGCACCUUAUACUGGUCCAGAAAAACUUUAAGGUUUAGUAAAAGUCGCCUGGUUUUCGAGAUUUUCACACUUU